GUCAAUUUCUGCACAGUCGAGCAUCGGCUGAAGACGGCUUUUCUCGUAUCCGUGCUCAACACCUUCUGCCACUACGAUCCCAUUGGCUAUGGCAUCCCCUUCAACUACCUCGUGGCUGGAGACUACUACGAAGAGCUGGCCUCUCCGUGCGUGCACGUGCUCAUUGUUCUAUUUUCGUAUCAGACACGUGGUCUGCACGCCAGCCAGGGCCUUGCCCAGAAACAGGAGGGGGAGCAACGCUCGGCGCACCCGACCACACCACAACCCAAUGGAGCGGUCGUGAUCAAUCUAUUCGACCACUUCAACAAGGGCCUGAGCCUGGCGGAUCGUACGGUGGUCUACCGUGCACUGCGACGCAUGCUACUGAUUCCCAGCACGCCCGGAUACAUCAACACACAGCAGAGUUUCAACCUGCGCAGAGAAGCGCUGCUACUGCUGUGGCGGUACCUGGGUGAGCACCCGAGCUUUCUCGAGCAGGUGGCGUCUUCACCGGAUGUGACGGAGUUAGUGGAACCCAUACUAAUCAUCGCACUCAAUAACCGAUCGGAACUCCGAAGUUUGGGCAUAGUGCACAUUGCCGUGUUUGUGCUGCUGAUACUGAGCAGUGACCGUAACUUCGGUGUGGCGCUGAACAAACCCUUCCACAGUGUUUACGGUAUCGAUGUCGCCUCCUUCACGGGCCACCAUGGCGAUGUGCUGUUGCUGGGUAUACACAAACUAAUGACGCACGGGCACACCAAGUUAGUGGUCAUCCACGAUCAUCUGCUGCGGAUUUUCUCCAAUGUCGCUCCAUUCCUGAAAUCCAUCUCUAAGGUGACGGCUACAAAAUACAUCGCACUGUUCGAAAUCCUUUCUUCGCCCAGGUACGUGUGUUCGAGCCCGCACCAUCCGAACUUCCUGUACUAUCUGCUGGAAGGUCUGAACAGUCUGAUCCAUUACCACUUUGACGGCAAUGUGACGGUGGCCUACGCCAUACUGCGCCGACGUGAACUGUUCGAGAAACUCGACAAACUACAAGAGCUGCCGCAAGGACUGACGAAACCCAAAUCCUCCAACGAUGCACCUGCAAAGGGUGUUAACAGCGAGCAAGCAAACUCUUCGGAUGGUGGUACGGCUAAUGGACAGGUGGUUAGUAAGAACGACUGGAAGCCGACCACCAAAUGGAUACAACUUUGGAAAUCAUCCCUGCCCUUAGCGACUAUUUUAGCGCUGAUCGGCAAUCUGGGUCCGAAAGUGGACGAUUUCUGUAUAAAGAACGAGCCCAGCGAAGAAGAGAUUGUGGAAUAUCUGCGCGCAGGGACGAUUGUAGGACUGUUGCCACCCGCACGCGAAAUACGGCUGCACAAGUACCAACCCCAGCGCUACGACGGUCCCUGGCUUGCAGCUUACAUUUGGGGGGUCAUAUACCUCUCUUGCCGCACACCGGAGUUCUGGAUUGGGACCAAUGUGCAGUUCUUUGAAGUCAAGUUUGUGGGCAAGGACGAGAAGAAUAUAUAAUUAAAUGGACGUGGAGGAAUUACCGGGACAUGCUCGAGCAACACGGCAACGCACGUUCCUCAUAGCUCCCACACAUAAUAAGUGACAGAUUUUUGCAUGUCUGCAGGCAUGUGCAUUUGCUUGUGUGUACGCAUGCAUGCGUGUGAGAAAGGGCUUGUUGACAUCGGAAAAGUGCUCAAGAAACGUGUGGGCGAGCCCUGCGCUAGAACGGCUACUAGAGUCAGCGGGGGACAUACUGUAUAUUCCCAUUUGUAGCCAGUGGACAACCGUCUAGUUUGUAUUUG